AUGAUCUGUCAGGCCGGGAAGUGGCCCUUUUGGUUGUCACCUCGACAGGUUCAAGUGGUGCCGGUGGGAACUCAAUUCAAUGACUACGCGCUGUGGGUGGAGCGGCAGCUGCAGAUCCAUGGCUUCCACGCGGAGGCGGAGACGAGUGGAAAGACGUUGAACAAGAAGGUGCGAGAAGCCCAGCUGGCUCAGUGGAACUACGUGGCGGUGGUGGGCGCGGAGGAGCAGAACGGCCUUUCCGUGAACUUGAGGUCCAGAGAAUCUGAAAAGCCCUUGGGUGUCUUCUCCAUGGUGGACUUCAUUGCCAAGCUGGAUUCAGAGGCGAUGCCCAGCUCACAACCCUUGCGGCAGUUCGAGGCCUUCCAGGGACGUCUCCCCGCUGCACUGAAGAAGACGACGCUUCCAGAGCCCAAAGAGCCCACGGCCAAAUCUCCUGCCAAGCCCACUUUCCAAAAGCAGGGCUCGCUGCAGUUGCGGAAAGCGGCCAACGAGAAGUUUGCCGCUUUGGCCGUCGAUGAGGAUGUUGAGGCGUUCUUGGAGAGCCAUCCAUAUGUGAAGGGCUUCGAGCCCAGCAGGGCCGACGCCGAGCUCUUCCAACAGCUCUCGGAGUCGGGCGCUCCCACGACACCGAACCUGAGGCGAUGGUAUGAUCACAUCGAGUCCUUCCCCAGCUCGGAGCGCUCUCAAUGGGUGUCCUGA